GUCGGAUAUCACUGUGAAUAAGAUGGGGAGAUGCGAAUCAAUCGGAAGGCUCCGGUAAUAGAGCAGGGCUCUCAGGUGAAAGACACCUUCAUCACUGUGGCAGUCAGCAUACUUCAACAUCCAUAAAGAUCUUCCAAACACCAUCCACCAACCUGUACCACUGCUGCUGUCCUUUUUGAUACACCAGCCUCAGCUGCAGGCCCUUGACCUGCCAACCUGAGCAGUUGCGCUUGUAGCCACUCUGUCAAACCACUGGUUUGUGCUGCCACACCUUCCACUGCUGCAUUCACCUCUGCACACCAGUGCAAGCCACCAUGACCUCUGCUGGUGCCCAGAAGCGGACUGUGUAUGUGGGUGGGCUGGCUGAUGAGGUCACUGAAGAGGUCAUCCAUGGUGCCUUCAUCCCCUUUGGUGACAUCCAGGACAUCCAGAUCCCGCUGGACUACGAGACGGAGAAGCACCGCGGCUUCGCGUUCGUCGAGUUCGAGCUGGCCGAGGACGCGCUGGCGGCCGUCGACAACAUGCACGAGUCGGAGCUGUUCGGGCGCACCGUGCGCGUGAACCUGGCGCGUCCGCUGCGCAUCAAGGAGGGGUCGUCCCGCCCCGUCUGGGCCGACGACGCCUGGCUGCAGACGCACGCCGGCCAGACGCUCGAGACGGAGACGCAGGGCGAGCAGGAGGAGAGCCGCGUCGUGUCCAAGAUCGCGCCGCGCGAAGCCAAGGAGGACCAGCUGCCGCAGGUGUACCUGGACGUGAAGGCGGGCAGCACAGUCCUGGGCCGCAUCACGCUCACGCUCCGCUCGGACAUCUGCCCGCGCACCGCCGACAACUUCCGCAGCCUCUGCACGCACGAGAAGGGCUUCGGCUACAAGGGCUGCGCCUUCCACCGCGUCAUCCCCGGCUUCAUGCUGCAGGGCGGCGACUUCACCAACAACAACGGCACCGGCGGCCACUCCAUCUACGGCGGCAAGUUCGCCGACGAGAACUUCACACUGCCCUGCGAGCCGUACUGUCUGGCGAUGGCCAACUCGGGGCCCAACACCAACGGCAGUCAGUUCUUCAUCACCACCGACCGCACCGAAUGGCUCAACGGCAAGCACGUCGUGUUCGGCAAGGUGACCGCCGGCUUGGACGUGGUGAAGAAGGUGGAGCGGCUCGGCUCCAAGUCGGGAAAGACGGCGGAGAAGGUGACCAUCAACAGCUGCGGCGAGGUGGCAUGACGCCGUCGUGCCUGGGGGUUAUGGGCGGCUAGUGUGGCAUGCCGCCCCGGGUUGGCCGGCCGGACGGCCGCGAAGGUGGGCAUCAACGGCUGCGGCGAGAUGGCGCGACGACGACGCGGUGUGGAGGUUAUGUGUGGCUAGUGGAGUCGUGCUGCGCCGCACGGGCUGACCAGUGCGGGAGAUCGGGCGAGCUGUGCCGCCGCGCGUGGCAGGGUUCUGCUGCCACUCAGGGGGUCCCGCGGCGGGUUAUGUACGGCCGGUGUGUCCUCUGACAAGACUGACCCAUGCUGACCCGGCCGGCCGCCGCGGACAGGUGGACCUCUCGCCCCCCGUCAUCGGUGCGCGCGCGUGUGUGCGUGUGUGUGAGCCUUCAUACACCAUCCUUGAGACGCUGCGGGGGUGUGCUUCAGCCGGAGCGGACCGUCCCAUUCUGUGUAGAGCAGGCAGACCGGCGCUCCAGUCCAGGGGCCUGCAGACCGGCGCUCCAGUCCAGG